AUGAGCAGUACAAUGACAUCACCGAAUACGUCUAUACCCAUCACAAAGAUGGUUAAUGAUUUAUUCUUACAAUGGCUUUCAUUACCCGAUACACGUACUACUCUAUCUUCUGCAUUAAAUAGUGUUCGAACAAAUAGUAAAAUGCCAGAACCUAUCGUUUAUUCAAAAAUUUAUACAAAUCGUAUUGGAGGAUUUUCCAAAUCACAACAUUUUGAUUCACCACCCGUUUCGCCUGUACCACGAACAACUUCAAGUCCACGUUAUACUUCAUCUAAUAAUUUUUCAAUAGGUGAUACGACUCCUGGUAUAAGUAAUAAUAAUAAUAAUGAUGCCCCAAAACAACGUUCGUCGAAGAAGAUAUAUACAGAUAAUAUCACUCCUACUACUGACCAACAACCAGUAACAACAGAGAAAUUUUCAACUCCACAAUUAACAAAACCUGAUAUAGUUCCAACAUCUGCUACAUCAUCAACAUAUGUCAGUCCAAACCGAGUUUUACCUUCAACUACAACUACAACUACACCAUCAAAACCAUCCCAACAAACACCAGUUUUACAACCACCAUCAAAUGCUAUUCGUGAUCAAUCUCCAAAAACAAAUAAUAUAUCAUAUGAAGGAUUUGAUAAUAAUAAACCUUCACCAAAUGCUAAUACAACAAAAACACCUGUAUCAUCUAAUGAACAAAUUUCACGACCAAUGCCAACACCUUCAUUUGUUCCACAAACAACACCGACAGUUAACAAACAAGAACAAAAACAAAAAAUAGCUGAAAAUAUUCCGAAAUUUUAUUUUCCUAAUGGAAAACUAACAGCAACAUCAACAAAUGAGACAAUAUUAGUCAAACAAUUACGACAAGUUAAAGAAGAAUUAUUUUUACCAAAACAUGAUAAAUUACAUCUAGAAGAUUUUGGAAAACUUGCUCAAUUAACCGGCUUAAGUCUAUAUUGGAAAGCACCAUUAUUUCGUGCAUGUGUACACGAUUGUUUAGGUCCAAAAGUAACUAUAACAUCUACUACAACUAUAAAUUAUUCACAAUAUGAAUCAUUUUGGACAAAAGUAUGUAAAAAUAAUCAUGACAAUGCAUUAAAAUUUAUUUAUGUACUUAUUCAUUCAUUAUCAUCAACGUCAUAUCCAAUGAAUCGUCAAUAUUUAACGCUUGAUGAUUGGGAUUAUCUUGUACAAGAUAUAAUAGAUACACAUCCUGGUUUGAAAUUUCUUCGCGAAGCAAAAGAAUUUCAUUCAAGAUAUAUUAAAACAGUUGUUGCAAGAGUUUAUUAUAAUUGUAAUCGAUCAUGGACAAUGAAAUUGACUGUACAAGAAUUAAGACGUUCAAAUUUUUUACAGGUAGAAAUCAUUUUUGAAUGA